AGAGCGAGAAGAAUACCGCACCGCACAACCGUAUAGGCCGGCCGGCCAUCCAUUCCAUCCAUCGUCUUGUACAUGUCUAGCUGGGUCUCCAUCGAUCUGUCUCUGUGUGUGGCGUGUGGGUGUAGUUAGGGCGCGCUGGUGGUCUUGUACUAGUCGUCCUCCUCCUCCUCCUCUGGUCCUGCUGCGUCGUAGCUAUAAAGAAGCUACCUAGGCUGGCUGCCGGGAGGGGAGGUAAUGACACAAGCAGGCCGCCGUCGAUCGAGCUCGACCAUGGGAGGAGCAUCCGGAGACCACCACCAGCAGCAGCAGCAGCACGGCGGCGGCGACGAUGGGCAGCUGCAGCAAGGCGGAGGCGGCGACAUGGUGAUGCCGGGGUUCCGAUUCCACCCCACGGAGGAAGAGCUCAUCGACUUCUACCUCCGCCGUAGGGUGGAGGGCAAGCGCUUCAACAUCGAGCUCAUCAACCUCGUCGACCUCUACCGCUACGACCCAUGGGAUCUCCCUGCUUUGGCUUCAAUUGGGGACAAGGAGUGGUACUUCUACGUGCCGAGAGACCGCAAGUACCGCAACGGCGACCGGCCGAACCGAGUGACGCCGUCCGGCUACUGGAAGGCCACGGGAGCCGACCGGACGGUGUACGUCGAGGUGAAGCGUCCGAUCGGGCUCAAGAAGACGCUGGUGUUCUAUGUGGGGAAGGCGCCCAAGGGACUCAGGAGCAGCUGGAUCAUGAACGAGUACCGCCUUCCUUCCGGCGAGGCUGACCGCUACCAAAAGGAAAUUUCUCUUUGCAAAGUGUAUAAACGACCAGGGAUUGAGGACAACUUUCACCUCAGCACCACCACAACAAGAUCAUCCAGCUCAAAGGCUGCAGCGACCAUGGAAAAGAAGCACCACCGGACUGCAGCGUCACCCCGCCUGGCGCCAAUGUUCGACGGUGGCCACUCUUCAGUUCACAUGAACAAGCCAUACAGUGGAGCAAACACCACCAUAGCCAUGACAUCGUCAGCUGCAGCUCGAGCAGCAACAAUGGCGCCACAGACGUCAAUGUUCCUGUCAGCCCCCUCACUCAGCUCCACCACAUCGACGGAGGAGGACGGUACAUCACUCUACCACAUGAAAGGUGCUAACCCACCGAUGCUGACUUCUUCCACACAUGCCCUGCUUAAUGCAAACUCUGCUACAAUGGCAACAAUUCCAAUAGAUGAGCUGAGUAGGGCAAUUGGAUCAUAUAAUAGCCAAGGAAACCCUAACCAGCCCUUGCCAUCACAAGGUCCAUUGCUUCCUUUUCCUAGCAUGGAAAAAAUUUGGGAUUGGAAUCCACUCCUAGAAUCUCCCAAGGUUUGCACAAGCUUCAAGUGACUUUCAGUACGUACGUGGCUCGAAGCAUUUAUAUGCAUGCUUGCAUGCGUGCACGUAUUAUAUAUUAAUACAAGUGUGUAUAUGUGCAGAUCGACACAUAAUUAUUACUUGGGCUAGAACAUGGUGGUUAAGAUGUAAUGGUAUAUAUAGGUUGAGUUAGUUCUAGUCCUAUGCAAUGCUCCACUAUAUUAAUCAGUUCACCAUCUCACAUGAAUAGCUGGUGUAACAACAUGUCAAUUUCUAUUAUUUGGUAAUGCAGACCUUGUAGCAUAACUCGAUGGAAUAAAGAUUAUUUGGUCAUCUGAUCUUAGGCUUAUAUAUAUGUAUGUUUCAAUUAUCAUUCAACUUAA